CAGGAAACCGAGCGCGUCUCCUGUUAUCUUCGGUAUCACACACACACACCGGAGCAUCUGAAUUCCAUCAGCUAUUGUAGACAUGGCUACCAUGAGCAUGAAACCUGGUCUCCGGUGCAGCGUGUCUGACUGGGAGACCAGCAAUAAAGAUAACUCAGCCACUGCAGAGCACAGGAGACACCUAUCGCAUGAGAUACGUCAGCAAGGGAGGAAUCUGCGCAAUGAGACAACCAAUAAGACCACGUGGGAUGAGUAUGACAGUAGACGCAAACUGAAUGACAGGGUAAGUGACAUCACACGAUGGAAGAACAGUCUGGACGUCUGUGCCCAAGAAGUUGAUAAGGAAAUGGAUGCUCUCACAAUGGCAAAAGAAGAGAUGGAGUGUGCCCUUGCUGCUACAGUGCUGCCCCUAGAGGUCACUGCUGAGUGUUUGACCCUGAGAGAGGGCCGUCUGGGAAAUGAGCUGGUCAGUGACCCGGUGGAAGCAGCACUGAAGAAGGAGGUGGAGGUGAUCGAUAAGGCACAGCGUGCAUUCCAGGGGUGUAUUGACCAAGCUUUCAAACACCUGUGUUUGCUGCAGGAAGCACGUCACCAGCUGACCCUUGACUUGCAGCACAAAAUAGAGGCUCUGGACGUGGACAUGUCCUGCCUGUCGCUCAACACGACAUCACCCGAGAUCUCACUGAAGCCCAAUCCUACCAGAAUUCCUCCUGGCUCCAUGACCCCUCAGCAGUGGGAGCAGUUCAGCCAUCACAAUAUAAACCAAGCCCAGAAGGAGAUGCACGCGUCUCUGCAGCUAAGAGAGAAUAUGAGCAUCACAAGAGCACAGGUGCAAAAUGAAUUGGAGGCUCAACGCACAGCCACGGAAUUUGCCUUCCGUAAGCGUGUUCAUCAACUGGAACAGGCCCACCAGGAGCGCCAGUGGCAGAUCAAAACAACUCAGAAUGAGAUGAAUGAGCUGGAGGAAGACAUCCGUGGACUUGAGCGGGACAUGCAGGCUAAAAGGGCUCCACUGAAACUAGCCCACACCCGUUUGGAGAACAGAACCAAAAGGCCUGGCAUGGAUCUCUGCAGAGACGAGGUGCAGUAUGGGCUGGUGGAGGAAGUAAAACAGCUUGAUUCUACCAUUCUGGCUCUGAAUCAGCAGUUGUCUCAGGCGCAGAACUCACUGCAGUCUCUGCGACAGCAUGAAGCCCGGAUGCUGGAGGAUCUGUCUCGUAAACAGGAAGCCCUGUCCCUCGAGCAGCGCAGCAUACAAACACGUCAGCGCCUGAGUUCUGUUCACAGUAACAGCUUACCCCUAGCUGCGGUGCCUCUCACCAACUCCAGCGGCAUGCACAAGCUUCUGGCCUAAACUACUUAUUCAGUCCACUACCCAGGAUCAGCUACCCCAAGAAUCAACUAUUUCUUCUAAUUCAUUAUGUCCGAGCCUGUGUAACUCCUAGAUUUUUAAAGAUAAAAGUGGAAAGUGCAGCAAGCAA